AUGGCACAAGCAUCAUCCAACCACAAUAAUAUUAUUGACAAUGUCAGUAACAGUAAGGUCGAUGAUCCUGCUACGUUGUUGGUAUUUUCGGAUCUGGAUGGGACGCUGAUUCAUUAUCCAGAAUACCUUCCAGACAAUGAUGAGAGUUUGUUGAAGCUACCGCCCUCGUCCACGGGUAUGCGAGGCGUUGUCUCCUCCGAAACGCUCAAGCUGACGCAAGAUCUGCGAACACAAGGCAAAAAGUUUGUCCUCGUCAGUGGGAUGCGAACGACUACAUUGCUGAAUCGGCUUCCUUACCUACCCAAAGCGGAUGCCUAUUGCUCGGAAGCAGGUGGUCGCAUCUUUUAUCCUACUGACAAAUUGACGGAGGGAUGCUUCCAAGUCGACCCCAAGACUUUUGAAGGUGCCACAAAAGAAGAUCUAAAACCCUUUGGUAUUGUGGAAGAUAUGGAUUGGAGACGAGAAAUGGAAAAAUAUACAGGGGAGUUUGAUCUCGACGGCUCCUCCUUUGAAAACAUAGAAUCUUUUGAGUCUACACCUGCGGAGAAUCGGGUUGGGGGACUAUGGGACUAUGCUCGUGACUUGCAAAAGAAGGGCUAUGUAAUUGACAUUCGGGGAUAUUCAUCUUGUUUUCGAUUGAACAAGAUGAAGCAAACUCAAAUAUCUGACAAAGACUUUCAACGACUCAUCAACAAAAAAGUCUUGGCGAAAAAUGGCCUAGCCACAAGCGUCAACUUGAGUUGCAUUGAUAUCUACCCUGCCAUCAGUGGAAAGAAGAAUUGUUGUCAAUACCUUGGAGAAAAGUUCUUCCCCGACGUUCCGAAAUCCGAAAUCUUGUCAAACCAUGCCAUUUGCCUAUGCGACGAUGACAAUGAUAUCGAAAUGGCCUUGGCGGUCCGGCAUGCCUACCUCCCUUCCCUUGCCUCCAAAACGAUGGAAGCAGUCAUUGAGAAACACACGGAUCGCUUUACAGAGACUUACAAACUUGAAUCCGCUUCCUCUGGAAGUGGAACAGGAGCCAGUGAUCUUGCUUUGAACUUGAUUCUGGAAAGCGGCAACUAG